AACAGAGAAUAUCUCAACCUAGCUAGAAACUUCGUCACUUCAAGUAGGGACAACGCCGUGCCAACAAGAUGGCCCGGCAACUCGCGGCAGUGCUUGCUGCCUUGCUAGCCCUGUGCGCCUUCAUCGCCGUCGCCGAUGCUCAGGCGAAGGCGCCAGUGGGCCCUGCGCUGCCUAAGAACUCCCACAUGAUCCACCCGGGCCGGUUCGGUAAGAGGGACCAGGUGCUCUCCUGCGAUGACACCAAGGACGGGAAGAACCCCUGCGUCGCCACCUGCGACAAGCGCUGCCCCAACGAGUGCAUCGUUAUGUGCCCAGGCUGCAAGACCUACUGCUUGUGCGACUUCUACCCCGGCAUGUCGUGCGGGGACCCACGCUUCACUGGUGCCGACGGCAACAACUUCUACUUCCAUGGCAAGAAGGAUCAGGACUUCUGUGUCGUCUCCGAUGCCGACCUCCACAUCAACGCUCAUUUCAUCGGCAAGCGCAACCCCACCAUGAGCCGUGACUUCACCUGGAUCCAGGCUCUAGGCAUCCGCUUCGCCGACCAUCAGCUGUAUAUGGGUGCCCAGAAGACCAUUGAGUGGAACAACGACAUUGACCGCCUAGAGAUGGCCUUAGACGGAGCACCCAUUGAAAUCCCUGCGAACCUUGGUGCCACAUGGGAGUCUGACAUCGUUCCAGGGUUGACCGUCACUAGGACUGCUGUCACCAAUGGUGUGAGGGUGCAGCUCCAGGGCGUGUUCGAUAUCAUGGCUAAAGUUGUGCCCAUCAGUGAGGAGGACUCCCGCAUCCAUAAUUAUGGUGUGACCAAGGAUGACAGCCUUGCACAUUUGGACAUCGGGUUCAAGUUCAACAACCUUACUGAGGAUGUCCACGGCGUGCUAGGGCAGACCUAUCGCUCCGAUUAUGUCAACAAGCUUAGCGUGAGUGCUAACAUGCCGGUUAUGGGUGGUGCUACUAGGUAUGUCUCCUCUGGCAUCUUUGCCACAGACUGCGAAGUGGCAAGGUUUGGCCACCAUGUUGGCAUCUCCAUGGUUACUGCUCAGGCUAACUAAAGUGUGGCUUCAAUGUGGCCACCAUCCGUGUGUGAGAGUCAUAAAUAAAUUUGUUCUCACGGACAAAAGUAGUUGAUAAUUGUUGUAAGAUUAUUAAUUGUUGUUACUGUCCAAGAUAUCACUGUGAGCUUGCUUCAUAUGUGUAAAUCAAUGAGAAGAUUCGUU